AUGAAAUCGUCAUCCACAAAACGCAAUGCACUAGAGACUUUGAAGCAGUCAAUAGUUCCAUGGCUUAGUUUCGAAAUUUGUGGAAGCUGUUCUGGAUGUUUUGGUGCUGCUGUUUGUAAGAUGUUUCGAAAGCCGACAAAAAAGAGUGCAGCACGUAGACGAACAGACGGAUGGGACGACAAGGAGGAUGCUGGGAACACAGCUGAAACUGCGCCAGUAAUCGCUCCACGAAAAGACGCUGUUCCAGCGAAGCCUUUGGAUGACGACGAUGACGUAGACACGCCGGUAUCGAAACCACCCGCUCUUCUUAGUUUUGACAACGAUGAAGGUGCCGAUGUUGAUUUCGUCUUGAAAAAGAACAAGAAAAAGGUGAAAGAGCUGAAACGGCUACAAAAACUGGAAGAAGAAGCCGAAAAGGAACGGCUUCGGGAGGAAGAAGAACGAAAAGAAAACGAACGGAAAGAAAAGGAGAAGAAGAAGAAAGAGCGAGAGAAGAAGAAGGAGAAGGAUAGAAGAGAAGCGAAAAAUCGAUACUUGGACAAAUAUCGCGAUUGUUCCAGCAAAAUUAAACCGCCUCUCCCCGACAGCGAUGACGAAGUUGAUGAAGCCCAUUCGAAGUUUCCUGGAACAAUAUCUUCGAUACCUGAUUCCCGGGCGGUGUAUGAAGCGAAGAAGAGACGCGAGCGGAUGAGGAGGGAGGGAGCUGAUGGGAUGAUCCCCUUGGAUGAUGAUCAGAAACUAGCCGAAAAAGGAGUCAGGUCUAGGCUAAUACGAGAGGAUGAAAAUGACGAUUCCGACGAAGAAGCGCCAAAGUUCUAUUCAUCUCGAGAUUUACUCCGAAUGGAAGAGGAACGUCGUCGAGAAGAGCAGGAUCAUUUUUUAGAACAAGAACAAGGUGACGAAAGAGAAGUAGACGAAGAAGCAGACGAAUGGGAGAAGCAACAAAUUCUUAAGGCUGUCAGCAGACAUACGAUCGGCCAGAUUCGAGCUGAUUACGAUAAUUCCACACGGCUGUACCGUCAAAGAAUGCAGGAGUUUGCGAUACCUGAAGCCACUGACAUGGACAUUGAUAUGGAUGGCAUCGUGGAAAAUUUCAAGGCAAGAAGCAUUGGUCCAACUAAUACGGGUGGUACUAUAACCGUAGAGGACAUAUUAGCGAAACUGAAGUCUUAUACUAUUGACCGAGAAGAAAGAUUAAACGCAAGAAGGCAUGAAGUAUCGAAGAUUGAACAAACUAUGGAAGAAAAUAGGGAAACAAUUAAAAAGAUUGAAACCGACAUGCCUGUCCUGGCGAAUAAGUAUGCGAUGUAUCAAGAGCUGCGAGUGUACUCUCGUAGCCUCCUCGAAUGUCUCAAUGAGAAAGUUGCUGAAAUCAACGAACUUGGUGAUAAGCGUCAAGCUUUAGCGAAAGCUAAAGUGGAAAGAUUAACUAGGCGUAGGCGACGUGAUAUACGAGAUGCUUACAAUGAUUGCGUGACAGCAGCUGCGGGGAAAAAUCCGUCGAUGACAAGAACUCCAGACGUGAUGAUACGAGUUGCAGAAAGGGAUGCAAGGAGAGCUAGGAGACGUAGAGAGCGGGAAGGCACACUUUCUGGUAUUUCGCACGAAGAAGGACUUAGUAGUGAUGAUGAUGAACCAACAAGUCAACAGCUGGCUGACCAAGAAGCUGCAGUUGAAAUUGACAACGCACUCCGCAUGGUAUUUGUUGACGCCUUGGAUGAUUAUGCUCACUUGCGGAAAGUGUUGGACAGAAUGAUCGAUUGGUUUGCUGUUGAUGGGACAACGUUUCAAGAUGCUUACGUACAGUUGUGUAUACCGAAGCUUGCAUCGCCUUAUGUACGUAUACAACUUAUUACUGCUGACAUUUUGAACAGGGAUGACUUUUUGCUGUCAGCAAUGCCAUGGUACAUAGAUUGCCUGCAAGCUGCUGAGGGCAACACUGAUGUUGAUCCUAAGCACGAAAUUAUAACUGGGAUUAUUCCUUUAAUAAUUGAGAAAGUGGUACUCCCAUUCUUGACAGAUAUUGUCAACGUAGAGUGGGAGCCGAUGUCGCUCAAACAGUCGCAACGUCUGGGAGCUGUUCUUAGUGGGCUUUCUGACUACCCUAAAUUAAACGUUGAUGAAAGCAAAUCAUUUGCUGUUUUGGCCGCCGCUGUGAAAGCGAAGAUCAGCUCAGCAAUUGACGACGAUCUGUUUGUACCCAUUUACUCUAAACAAUCCAUUAAAAAUCCAGCAACUGGAUGUGCAGCAUUUUUGGAUCGGCAAUAUUGGGCUGCCAUUAAGCUUCUUCGUGGUCUUCGAGCAUUUUCAUCAUUUCUAAAUCCGGCCAUUCGCCUGGAACUGAUGUUAGACGGUGUUGUUAAUCGGGUAUGCGUUGUAGCUUUGGAGACUGGUAUUUUGGAUGACGCUUCGUGUGAAAGGAAGGUGCGUGCUCUUUUGGGAGAAAUUCCUGAAGAGAUGAUCGAGACGGCCAAGCCGGAUUCAUUUCGUAAUCUCAUCCGAUGUUUAGGACGAGUAGUGGACGAACAGAAGGCUGCCGGAAGAGGUUACUACAGAGAUGUAAGAAAGUACAUAGAGAAACUGCAGAAGAAAUCCUCCGAGUGA